CCGUACAACUUCCUAUCCUGCUGCUAAGCCGGGUAGCAGCAAGACACAUUAACCUGCUGCAUUCACACUAAAACGAAAACUACGAUUUUAUUUUAUUUUAUCUGUUUUCCGGCUGGGCUCGGCUAACAUGGCGUGCAACAGUAAGUCUGUGCUGUUUUUACUGCGGCGCUGUGUCUCACUGCGUCAUGUAACGUUGUCGGCAGGGAUCAAAACAAGAGGCGGCGUGCUGUCAGCCAGGUGCGGGUUCAUUCAGCAGCGGACACCGACGACCCGGACAGACUGUCUGCGGAGCCUCUGUCAGCUUCAGCCCGCACUGAAAAGCAUCCAACAAAGCCUCUGUACUAAGGCAGGGGCACCUUGUGAGGAUGAAUACCCUCCACUGCCGGCCUAUCAGGCUGAUUCAGAGCCAGAGAAGAAGGAAGUCUACAUCGUACAGGUGAAAGGUCUCCCGUGGUCGUGCACGACUCAGGACAUCCUGCAGUUCUUCUCAGAGUGCAGGAUCCGUAACGGGUUGACGGGGAUCCACCUCACAGUGGACAGGCUGGGGAGGCCGACGGGACGAGCCUUCAUCGAGAUGGAGCACGAGGAAGACGUCAACAAAGCUCUGGAGAAGCACCGUCAGUACCUCGGUCCUCGCUACGUCGAAGUGUAUGAAAUAACAAACGCUGAUGCUGAAACCAUCCUGAAGAAAGCCAUCCAGCCUCCAGCUGAUAGCGGGGUGGUGCGGAUCAGAGGCCUCCCCUUCACCUGCACUGAGUCCGACAUCGUCCACUUCUUUUCAGGUCUGGAUAUAGUGGAGAACGGGAUCACCAUCGUCACAGACAACAGAGGGAGGAAGUCUGGGGAGGCCUACGUGCAGUUUUCUUCCCAAGAAGCAGCUGAUGAAGCUCUGCAGAGAGACAGAGAGGUCAUAGGAAACAGAUACAUCGAGGUGUUUCCCAGUAGAAGCGAAGAAAUUCAUUCUACUUGGAGGAGGAGGACGAGUUCAUCUUCUUCACAGAUGAGCUCUCAGUCAGUGACCAGGAGGUCCGUCUCUGCUGCAACGACCAACCCCAGAACUGGAUCUUCUCAGAGCUCGACUCUACCGCUUCAUUACAUCCACAUGAGAGGUCUUCCUUUCAACGCGUCCGGAGAAGACGUUGUGAAGUUCUUCUCUCCUCUAGUUGUGUCAAAGAUCCUGAUCGAGUGCGGUCCUGACGGGAGGCCGAGCGGAGAGGCCGACGUUUACUUCAGCUGCCACCAGGACGCCAUGGCUGCCAUGUCCAGAGACAGAAUGCACAUAGGUGAAAGAUACAUCGAGUUAUUCCUGAACUCUGCACCAGACUCUGAUGGAAGGUGAAAGCUGAUGCACAGAUGCCAAAUAAACACACAGGACUAUUUUACUGGUAUUUAUUUCCCAGCCCGACAUCGACAUCAAACAAACAUUCCUGGUGUCAAAUGAAACCGUCUGAUCCGUCUCCAUCCAACAGGAGUUAAUCACAGUAUGAAAUCCAUUAAUAAAGAUUAUAACGAAUGUGGACUUUACUGGAUUAUUUAGUAAAGGUUACUGACAUUAUAACACGGAAGAAAAUGCAGUUUUGUCUGAUGAGCUCAUGUUAAAUUAUACAUGUUUCAAAAUAGUUGUGAAGAAUAUGGUUCAACAUGUUCCAAGAGAAAUAAACAGACUGAAGCUUU